UCAAAUCAGACAAAAAUCCUCACGCUACAAAUUCGAAAAUUGUGUUUUGGGCUUUUUGUGUUCAAGUUGUAUUCCUCCUGAAAAUAAACUAAAAAAAUUCGCAAAAGCAAGUGUCUGCUGUAAUCCAAUCAGAAUGGAAUACCAAGGUUUAAACCCCAACCACUCUUUCUCCCAGAGUUACAUUCAUUCAAGCAGCAGUCUGGAGCCAAUGACUCUUGGGUCGCCCCCAUCCUCUGGGUUGGGGCACCAAGGCGGGGCAACACACAGUAAUCUGUUCCUGCCUGGCUAUCUGAUGGGGGAUGUGGGUCCUGCAGUGUCGCCCUCAAGCAGUAGAUUGUGGUCCUCGUCCAGGACCAGCCCACCUAAGAGUUUAACCCCCUCUAACCUCGGUGCUAGAGAUAGCGGAGCCAGCAUUGCAAGGUCCGAUAGUAGGAUGUCCCAUAGGCCUUCUGUUACGCGGACACCCAAAGAUAAGACUGGGGCACCUCCAGUAGCUGCUUUGUUUGAUAAUGUAGAAUCACUAAAGAGCAGUCCGGCAGUCGGAGGAAUGAUGUACAGUGGGACCCCAGAAAGGCAACAGCUGGAUUUAUCAAUGUCGAGAACCCCUAUGCAACCACAGGCUUCAUUUAAUGCUGGCACCCCUGGAAGUAGUCGACUGUUCUCACCUUGCAUCAGGCAGACACCUUCAUCACCUGCUCAGAUUGAUCCAUUCUACACACAGGGGUUGCUAGCAACGGGAAUUGGCUUCAUCUUCACUACAGCUCCAAACUCCAAGCAAAGAAAGCUCUGGGCAAGAAUGGUAAGGUGGUAGCUGGUAACAUCAUGAUUGGCGUCACUCCAUGCAUUGAUAAGAGCAUUAUGGAGGGAGGGGACCAGUGCAAUGUCAGCGCCCGAAAUACAGACACGCCCUCCAGGUAUCCCAUAAUGCAACAGAGCGAGGAAGCCGAGGCGAGUAAACGAACGCCAAUCAGACCUCUGACGGCUGCGUAUAAAGCAGCGAGUAGCAACCAUGAGGUUCUUCAAGGAAGUUCUACUCCGCAGAAAUCUUCAAAUGUUGUCAGCAAGACGCUGGAAUACAUGUUCGGAUGGUAGUAAUGUUUGGUAGGGAAAUUAAACUUAUCAGCUAUUUUUUUGUAGGUAAUUUUCCAUGUUAAAUGUUUUAUUGAUUAAUGCAAUUAAUUUUUGGUCUGUGUUGAGUUUAUGAUUGUUGUUUUUAUGUACAUGUAAUAGACCCCCUGUGCAUAGACCGCAUUAGAAGCACUCAAAUUUAUCGGAAUACUUUUGGUCAAUCCAGCAGCAACAAAGAUUGUUUUUAAAACUUGGUGUAGCCCAACGAUAUGCAUAACAUAGCAAACCUGUGAAAACUUGGACUCUA